UGUAAUUAUAGCUCUAGUUCAAUUGGCAAGUGUCGGUCGAUGCGGACGUGAUUAAUUAAUUAAUUAGCCCAUCCACUGCGCUUUCGCUGAUUGCUGCACAUUUGGUGCUCUAACUUUUUUAUUAUCCUAAAACAUAUUAUUAAUAAAAAAUGUCCAAACAGGCAGACAGAGUUGAAGGUCUGAGACCGUCUGAAGUCGAGAACGCAAAAUUCGUCUUCAAUAUCUAUGAAGCCGAUACAAACAAAUUGGAUGCAUCCAAGCUGCCGAAAGUUAUCUACGCCCUCAAUCUCAACCCUAGUUUGGAGAAACUAGAAGCUGUAGGUUACACCAAAAAAGAAGGCGAAAAAUUCAUGACAUGCGAUGAAGUACUCAAAAUAUACUCGGCGAUGAAGAAAGAAGUCAAAGAUAUGGGUUGUUAUGAAGAUUUCAUUGAAUUGCUAAAAUUAUCCGACAAAUUGGAAAACGGCUGGAUGCCUCUCGGUGAAUUGUCUAAUUUUUUGCUCGCCCUCGGCGAGAAACUCACCGAAGCACAGGUGGAUGAAGUAUUUGAAGACCACAUGGGUGAAGAAGAUGAUGAUGGAAACAUCGAAUACGUUCCAUUCUUGGCUGGAAUGUGCGAAGUCACCAAGUAGAUCAUAAACAUUCACCAAAAUUCUCCAAAAAGUCAAAGGUUCUGCAAGUCACCGUGUCUCGACUAAAAUGAAAACUCAACUCAACUUUGCACACCUGUUAUACCUGUAUAUCUAACAUUUCACGGAGAAUAAAACUCGAUUAAAACAACAAUUAACUAACUCAACAGCAAAUAAAAUAUUCUUUGAAAAAGUUCUAACAAAA